AUGUUAACAUUGGAAGGAGAUAUAGAAGAUGAUAUACCUAUUGAGGUCACUGGAGAUGUUUUAAGGAUUCGGAAGAUUCUCACAAAUUUAGUCAGCAAUGUUAUCAAGUUUACACAUCAAGGCAAAGUUGGUAUAAAACUUUAUGUUGUUCCAGAGCCACCAUUUACCAAAUCAGAAGAAUUCCAUCAAACGGCGACAAAAGACCAGUCAACUGUUUCUUCAAAUGUAUUGAAAGAAGAGAAACAUAAAUCAUCAUCAAGAAGUACUAUAUGUGAUCAAAAUAUUAUUGAUGGUAAAAAAACACAUUGGCCAACCAAUCCAAAAUCAAGCAUUUAG